AUGCCGGACCUCAAGUACGACUCCGAUGGAGAUGGCUCUUUCACCAAGGAAAGCUACGAUAAGCUCCGACGCAUAAUCCAGAAACAAGAAGCCGAGACAAAAGACAUGCAGAAAAUCAAGCUGGAAGAAGACAUCAAGGGGGACGCCAACCUCCGGAAGAUCCAGGAACUCCAGGGGGAAAUCACCACCCUCCGGGCCGCCGCCAACAUCGUCACCACGCCCGUCCACGGAGGACGACAAAAGCUCAAGCUCAGUGCGCCUGUCACCUACGACGGAACCCCCGGGACCCUCAAAGGAUUCCUGAUUCAGGUCAAAAAUUACUAG